CGGAACAGUUGGGAAGCAUUGAUGCUGGUUGAAUAGAUAACAAGUGGAAAUCGCAAUACGCUUCAUAUUAAUUGCUGACAAUUAUCAACAAAAUGCCAAAUCUCGCGCCCAAAAUUACACUAAAUAACGGCCAGAGGAUGCCAUUGCUCGGACUAGGCACCUGGCGAUCAUAUGAGUCGGAAGCAUAUCACGCCACACGUGCAGCUAUCGAUGCAGGCUAUCGCCAUAUAGACACAGCUUUUGUGUACGAGAACGAGCAUGAGAUUGGACAGGCGAUUCGCGAAAAAAUAGCCGAAGGAGUCGUUAAACGUGAAGACAUUUAUGUUACCACCAAGCUGGGUGGCAUACACCAUGAUCCACAAGUGGUUGAGCGUGCAUUUAAACUCAGCUUAAGUAAUUUGGGCUUAGACUAUGUCGACCUCUAUUUAAUGCAUUUUCCGGUGGGUCAGAAAUUCCACAAUGAUCGCAAUGUGCAUGGCACGCUUGAGCUCACCGAUGUCGACUAUUUGGACACAUGGAGGGAAAUGGAAAAACUAGUGGACACUGGCCUGGUGCGCAGCAUUGGUCUCUCCAAUUUCAAUGCAGCCCAAACAGAACGUGUGUUGCAGAAUUGUCGCAUCAAACCGGUGGUAAAUCAAGUGGAGUGCCAUCCAGGUUUCCAGCAAAAGAAGCUCAUAGCGCACGCCACUGAGCGGAAUAUCGUGAUUUGUGCGUAUUGUCCGCUUGCGCGUCCUCAACCCGCACGCAAUUGGCCACCAUUUAUUUAUGACGAGAAAGCGCAGGCAUUGGCCAAAAAAUACGAACGCACGCCGGCCCAGAUUUGUCUGAGGUAUCUUAUUCAAAUCGGAGUAGUACCGCUACCCAAGUCCUCGAGCAAAACCCGCAUAGUGGAGAACUUUAAAGUAUUCGAUUUCGAGCUAAGCCCGGAGGACAUGGACAUUAUGAAAAGCUAUCACAGCGGCGUACGGACUGUGCCUUUCUCUGGGAUGGCUAGUCACAAAUACUAUCCUUUCCAUGAUGAGUACUAGAGAUGCAUAUGUUAUAUAUUUUUUUGGGUGUUUGCUUUUCAAAUAAACACAUUCCGACCAUUUUAA